AUGGCUUCUGUUAUUAGUGAGCUUGAAGAAAUAGCAACAACAGUUAAUGAGGCAGAACCUGUUGAUGAGAAAGAAGUAGAUGAAAAAGAGGUUGGCGAGAAUAUCUUUAGCGACACCAGACCGGUGAAAACUAGACUUUGGGAGAUACGUAAUUCUUACAAGUAUCUAAUGAUUGUCUAUAUAUCCGCUAUUGGUAUUGGUAUAGAUUCCCUUCUUUUCAGUUUAUUAUUGGGUAUGGAAUCUUUCAGAAAAGCCUAUGGUUACUACGAUGAAGCCACAAGCGGAUGGGUCAUCAGAGCAAAAUACCAGUCUGGUUGGAAUGGUGGUUCUUUUGGCUGUCAGGUUUUGGGUGCCUUCUUUGCAGGUUGGUACAAUGAUAAGUUUGGAAGAAAAAGUUCUUUGGCUAUUUCUUGCAUUAUAACUAUUAUUGGUAACACUGUUGCUAUAACCGCUCCGGUCGGUCACCCUAUCAAUUUGGUCAUGGCAAAAUGUGUUAUCGGAAUUGGUAUCGGUAUUCUUGUUUCAACUUGUCCAGUUUACUUGUCCGAAUUGAUGUCGCCAACCUUGAGAGGUAUUGGUUCCAUGGGAAUCAACUUCUCCAUUUGCUUUGGUCAGUGGAUUGGAUCGCUAAUUUAUUUCGGCUGUUCGAAGAAUUAUACGGGCAUUGACGAUUCAACAGGCUACAAAAUUGCCUUUGGAAUUCAAUAUUUGUUAGUUGGAGGAUAUCUCCUUUUGUUCUGGUUUAUGCCGGAAUCCCCAUCAUAUUUGAUUCACCGCGGUAAGUUGGAAGAGGCAAAAGCCGCCAUUAAGAAGCUCUAUCACAACAAGAAUAAUACUGAAUACGACAUUGACUCACAUUACGAGAUUCUCAUUAAGGAAGUUGAAGAAGAAAAAAUGAAUGCUGAAAGUGAGAAAGAAGUUUCGUAUGCCGAACUCUUCAAGGCUACAAACCUAAAGAGGGUUGUACUAUCUAUCUUUGCUCUUACGGGACAGCUUUGGGUUGGUGUCAGUUUCGUUUUAACCUACAUUUCAUAUUUCUUUGAACUUGCUGGAGUUUCAAGCAGCAUUGAGAAGACGGUUGGUAUGUUCACUCUUUGCGUCGGUGGUAACCUUGUUUCUUACUUUGUCAUUGAAAGAGUUGAUAGAAGAGUCCUCUACAUUGGUGGUGUUGCCCUUUGUACGAUCAUGAAUUUACUCAUUGCAUGCGUGUCAUAUGGAAGCUCGCAAGCUGCUGCCUAUACCACCGUUGUGUUUGUCUUUCUAUGGGCUUUUAUCUACGAAGCCACUGUUGGUCCAUUGACAUAUGCUUUGAUCACGGAGCUUCCACAGGGAAGAAUGCGUGCCAAAUCGGUGGCAAUUACUUCUAAUGUCAACAGUCUCUGUAGUUUUGGUCUUGGUUAUCUCAUCCCAUAUUUGUUCAAUCCCGAUGAAGUUAACAUGGGGGCUAGGAUCAUGUUUGUUUGGACAGGUACCGGUGUGGUUUUGUUCGUUGUGAUGCUCUUCUUCUUACCAGAAACUAGAGGAAGAACUGCUAACGAGAUUGAGCAGUUGUUCGUGAACAAAGUGGGUGCUUUGAAAUUCAAGAGGGCUAAGUUUGAUGAAGAUGAUAAAUUAAUUAUGUCAUCAGUGGGGAAAGAGGUCAGUCAGGCAUAG